AUGUUACCCUCGCUUAAAAAACUUUUGGAAUCAAGUUUUAUAUUUAAUUCUUUCUUUCAAUUUAUUUUCUUUCUAUUCUUUUCCAUUUCUUCUCUCAUUCUCCAUCUUUCUUGUCUUUCUUGCCAGAUUCCCCCCUCUCUCUCUCUUUCUCUCUCUCUCUCUUUAUCUCUCUCUCUUUAUUUCUCUACUUUAUCUUUCUUUAUUUCUCUCUCUCCUUUACCUCUCCCUUCUUCUUCUUCUGAGUCUACUGUCCUUCCUUUCUUUCCGUUUCUUAUACCUUUUUCUUCAUCUUUCGCUUUCGUUCGUCCUGAAUUUACAUUUUCGUUUUCGCCAUUGUCUUUUCUUGUUUAUAUCAUACAGUCUUUUCCCUUUCUCUUUAUCUUCUUUCAAAAAUUUUUUAUGUUCAUUUCCUUUCUUUUUUUCAUUGUUUCGCUUCGUCUUCUCCUUCAUUUUUGCUUUCUUUUCUUUUCAUUUUCUUUUCUCUUACUUUUCUUUUCUCUUUCUUUUCUUACAAGCGCCAUUUCCCCGCGUUCUAUUUUUUUCUUUCUCUCUUCGGAUUCUUUCAUAUCUUUAUUCUUUCGAUUCAUUUAUUUCCUACACAACAUUCUAUUUCUUUGUUUCGUCUUUACUUUUUUUUUUUUCCUUAUUUCGCAUCCGCCUUUCCAUUAUUUCGAUCUUGUCUUUCACGUUCAACUCUCUUCUCAAAAGCUCUCUUUAUUUCUUUUUUUUUCUUCUGAUUGCAGCGUCCAACAUGCAAUGGCUGUAUUUGUAAAGACCAAACCCUACUUGAUGUCCCUGAUAUUUCGGAAACACCUUCAAAAAUAA